UUUGACAAGAUGAAUUCUAACAUUUUUGUGGUUGUUUUCCUCAUUUUCGCUCUCAGCGAAUUGGCAGCGGGUCAAUCUUCUGCUGAUAUGGCAGCCUACAAGCAAAUCCAACAGGCUUGUAUCAAGGAGCUGAAUAUAGCCGCCAGCGAUGCCAAUUUGCUGACCACAGACAAGGAAGUGGCCAACCCCUCGGAGGCGGUCAAGUGCUAUCACAGCUGUGUCUACAAGAAAUUGGGAUUACUAGGAGCCGAUGGCAAGCCGGAUACCGAUAAGAUCGUUAAGUUUGCCCAACUACGUUUCAGCAGCGCCCCAAUUGACAAACUGAAGAGCUUACUUAAUAGCUGUGGAGCCACCAAAUCAGCUACCACCUGCGAUUUUGUCUAUAACUACGAAAGAUGUGUGGUCAAGGGAUUCAGUUCCUAAAAGGGAGAUCCUUUCAAUUAGUAAUAGGCAUUCCUGCUUAAAACAAUAAAUUUAUGUUCAAGUGUUCAACGCA